AGUUUGGACAUAUUUAGCUCUGAGUACUGAAGUGUGGCGUUAUCGGCUGGGGGCAACACCAAGCAGCCCUGCAGAGGAAAAAAUGGCUUCAGAAAGGGGGAUGAGGCGACACUGAGCUCGUGACUGUCCCGUCCGGGGGGGGCUUUGACUUCAGCAGGUGACGGUGAUUCCUGUGACAGGAUGAGACCACUCGCUCAGUUUGAAUAACACAACACAGAUGACAGCGUCCUCUUAGAGCUUGGAAACUCCCAGAUGGAUCUCACACGAAUGCAGGACCAGACUGCUAAAGGGGAAAGGAUCAAUAAGGAAACCGGAGAGCUGAGUGCUUCAGGGGAGUUAUCUGUCUCUGUGGAGUUGAAGGUGGACAAAGUGGAGGGCUUUUGUAAGAACCCUCAACUCCCACAAGAGCUCAGAGAACAACUACGGGAGCUGGGACUUUACACAUGUUCGGGCCCUGACCACAAAACAGAACAUGUUCCUUUAGAGCAGAGAGAGGAGCAGCUAGUCAAAAUCCUGCCUCUCUACAUACAGGUCUGUGAGGGUGGUGGACGACUUGAAGGUCUGAACAUAAAGGAGCUUGCGGUUCUCACGGCUGAUGUUGUCACCCUUAACAUACACAGCAGACUAGCAGAAAAGCCUGCAGAGGGGGCUCGUGACGAGGUGGUGCAGUUCUUCCAGAGGCAUGACACAAAAGAGAAAAACUGCGAGGCAACAGAAAAUAAAGGAUGGCUGCUGUUAAAGUCUCUGCUGCUGCUGACAGCUGACAGUUCAGAUAUAUUGUCCUGUAUAAACCCAGGGGUCCCUGCUGCUUUGAUGAAAUGUCUAUACCUGCUAGUGUGCCUUCCAGCUAAAAAGGAGAAUAUUGCCAUAGAGGAGACCUUUCAGGAGCCACUAGCCAAGGUUCUCCUUCAGCUCUGUCGGCAGCAAGUCAAUGUGGAGAGACUUGUGGAAACCCAGGAGUUGCAGUGUCUUAUCAUUGGCCUCACAUCACUGUGGGACCAGACCAGCGCCUCCUGGAGGCAUCAGGCCUCCCGUGUCCUCAAGGCAGUCUCUGCUGUAGCAACAAGCAACACUGCCCCGAGCUUGCUAGGCAAGAACUGUGUGCGUAUCUGCAUUCAGAACCUGUUGCACAUCAGUGGUGACGUCUCAGGACCGCUGCUGGCUGAGGUGGCUGUGGCUGUGUUCAGCUUCAUUAGAGACACCUAUGCCCUCAAUCCAGCCCUCUUUAUGGAGUUUGACACUAACAAUGGCUACAAGGCCCUUGAGGACAUCCUGAAACGAUGUGAGGAAGGUGUUUCUGUGGAUCAGUUCCAGCCUGUGGAGGAGUUGUUGGCUCUCAUCGCAUCUUUCACCCUGUUUGGAAAAACUGAGCUGAAGGUGGUUCUUUGUGUCACCAACCCCCAACCGUCAGGCUUUAAGUUUGACCCGCCACUCCACAAAGGUUCAUCAGUGAAGAACCUGCCCGCCUUCCACCUGCUGCAGACCUCCUUGCUGCGUUCUGAAGAUUCUCUGCUGUGCUGUCAGCUUCUUCGAACCCUGCGGACAAUAUGGGAGAGGGACCCAGCCAACUUCUUUCUCUUGGAGUGGACUGUCCAGUCGAUGGCCCAGCUGGCUGGCUGUGUGUGGAGAAAACCAGCACCUGUCCAAAAAAUAUUCUUUUCAUUGCUGGAGAUGGUGGUAUUUAAAAUGAGCUACAUCCCCCAUGAGACCUUGCGGGCACUCCUGGGUGUGUUGAAGCAGAUCUGGACUGGAACACUGGCAGGAGGAGUGGCAGGGAUUGAGUUUGGAGUGGUGGCUCUUAAGUGUUUUCAUAGGAUGAUGGUGCACAGUGGAAUGCUAGCUGAGGUGCUGAGUGACUGGGGUCUGCUUGAGCUGCUGCUCGGAGAACUUCGAAGGAGAGCCAAGAUCCUCAGGAAGGCCGGAAUUGUUGCUUCCUCUCAAUUAAAUCCCCAGCAGCUUUCAUGUGUAGAGGACAGCGAGAAAUUGCUCACUACCUGCAUGCUUCAAGUUGUGUCAACCCUUACUUUGCGUUCAAUCAAAAACACAGUUUCAGUUCGAGACCUUGGAAUGGUUCCCUACAUAAAGAUCUUCUUGGAUGAGGAUCAGUAUCGAGGUCCCACUCUGAGCAUUUUGGAGCAGCUAGCUGAGAUUAACCCUGAGGAGUUCAUGAGCACAGCCAUCGGAGCUCUCUGCUCCUCUACACAGCAGGAACUUAGGUUGAAGAGGGACCUUUUACAGUCUGUCCUGAAGGUGCUGGAGAGCCCCAACAGCUGGGACGCCUUUAGGAAAGCAGGGGGCUUCACUGGGCUGCUGUCUCUGGUGAUCGACAUGGAGGGAGCUCUGUCCGACCCCCCUGAGGGAGACGCGUGGAAAUCUCUGGGGCAUCAAUCACUGCUGGACCUCCUGCUUCUCACUCUCCACAUUCUGGCUUUGGCUGUGCAUCUUCACACCGUGAAUGCCCACCAUUUUGAGACUGGUGGCUUUUAUGAAAGGCUGGGGGAGGCUCUGCUCCAGCUGGGCUGCUUCCACUCAGAAAUCCCAGAGAGAGAGAGGUUUGAUGGAGAGGAGGGCUCCUGCCUCAAGACUGGAGAGGACAACCAGUCUCUUAAGAAGAGCUUCCACCAGUUUGUUGAGUUAGCAGAGGCCGCUGAAGUCCUCUCCUCUCCCUCCACUACACCACAGCCCAAUCUGCCUGCCACUCUUCGGACAUGUAUAAGGUUGCUCUCCUAUCUAGACCAGUUUGCCACAGGGACCUAUUCUUCUCUGGAGUUACAUAUGGGACAAGAGCCAGAAGAUGGGCCUAACAGAGAUAAAGAGACACUAAAUGGACCAGCAGUGUCUGAAGGAUUGUAUUCAAGCUCCCCUCCUGUCCACCUGGGGUCAGGCCCACAGUCUGUAGAGGACACACAGGGAAGAUCCAGAAACCCAGCACCAAGUAUUUCCACAGUCAACACAGAGUCUCAGUACAGUAGGUUCAACUGUGAUCAUAUUAUUCUUCACCCAGGAGCAAUCCGAGUUAUUAUGACUCUCCUUCCAUCUGUGUUUACCCCUGAAGACCCACAGCUCUCUAUGGAGGUCCAGUUCUCACUGGCACACCACAUCCAGGCUAUGGUCAAAUCUGAGAGAAACCGCCAAGUAAUGUGCGAAGGGAGGCUGGUCUCCACUCUCCUGACACACUGUCAGCACAUGCUGAUGGCUCCAAACCACCCUUUACAUCUACCUGUUACAAGGAUCUUGGAGAAGCUCUCAUCCCAGGCCAUCACACAGGCUGACUUCAGAAAGUUCUUGUGUUUAGGGGACCCUCUCAUGUGCUUGACAGACAAAACAGACACACAGUUGCAACUAGAAUGUCUCCCACGGGUCAAAGCUCCUGUUUCAAAUGGUCACAGUACAGAGGCAGGUGCCUCAUCAGGAUCUCCAGUAAAGACACUAAAGAGGACCUUCAGCUUAUUAAAGUCCACAACUCGCAGUGAAUCCUCUGUUGGCUCUCCAAUCCCAGUCCACCAGAUUAUCAGUCUGGUAUCCAUGACAUCACCGCGCACCUUUAGACCACAUCGAGUCUCUGCCUCACCUGCCUUCGUAGAGUUUGACAUGAGCGAGAGUGGAUAUGGCUGCCUCUUCUUGCCCUCUCUGGCCACAGUGAAAGGAGUGACCGCUGAUUCAAUUUCAACAGGUGGAAUUGGAGGAGACUGCCGGGGCUUCCCCCCUUCAGCUGGGCUGUCAUUCUCCUGCUGGUUCCAGAUCAACAGGUUCAGUUCGGCCUGUGACUCCCACCCAAUCCGUCUGCUGUCUGUGGUUCGCCACAUGUCUCGGACUGAACAGCAGUACAUCUGUUUGUCUAUCUCCUUUUCAGCCUAUGAUGGCUGUUUGGUUAUCUCCACAGAGGAGGAAGCAUUCACAUACUUGGAUAUGAUGGAGCCAGAAGUUUGCACUCCCACUUCUUUGCCUACAUCUCUGAGGUUCCGCUGUUCCAGCAUGCUGGUUCCAGGUCAGUGGCACCACCUGACUGUGGUCAUGGCCAAAGAUGUGAAGAAGAGCUGUUUGGCCUCAGCCUACUUCAACGGCAAAGCAGUGGGGACAGGAAAGAUGAGGUACAUUCAGCCAUUCCCUGGUCAGUAUGUCUCUAUGGACCCCACAGCUGUGAUUGAUGUAUAUGGACUGAUAGGAACUCCAACUCUCUGGAAGGAGCAUGCUGCUCUAGUGUGGCGUGUUGGUCCUACUUAUCUGUUUGAAGAGGCGUUGAGCCCUGAGGCUGUGUGUGUCAUGUAUGCACAAGGCACGGCCUAUGUGGGCAACUUCCUGGCUCUGCUCAAAACAGGCCCUGAUCCAGAUGCUGAGCCUCUCCCUGUCAGGCUGGUUCCUGAGGAGAGGAUUUCGUUUGGUAUUAACCCAGCAAUUUCCACAUUAACAACUGUUGCGCAGAUCCGAGAGGACUACAAUGAGGUGGACUGCAGGCUGAUUGCUAAAGAGAUGGGGAUAACAUCUCGCGAUGACUGCACCCCUGUGCUCUUAGUUCAAAACAUCAGUCAGCACUUGAAUGGCACAGCUCGCACAAUAGGAGCAGCCCUGGUUGGACAUUUUGGUGUGCGCACAUUCACCCCCAACAGUGCAUCCAGUGGUUUUCUGUAUGUCGGUGGGCCUGCAGUUGUUCUCAGUCUAGUUGCAAUGGCGCCAGAUGAUAGCUCCCUGUACGCCGCUGUUAAAGUUCUUCUUUCUGUGCUGGAGACCAAUCCUGCCAUGCAGCAGGAAAUGAUCCGCAUCAAUGGAUAUAAGCUGCUAGCAUUCCUGCUGAAGAUGAAGAGCAGCCUGGUCAGCUCCAGAACCUUUCAGUUGGUUCUAUAUCUCUCGAGUUCAGUGGACUUGAGCUCUGAGUCUAGUUGUCUACAGAACACACCCGCUUUCCAGGCCCUGUUGUGUGACCUGGAGGUGUGGCAGAAAACGUCAGAUAAUCUGGAUGUUUCAGUUCUGAACCACUUUGCUGAAAUCCUGAAAUCCUCAAGCAGUGACAGCAGGAAUGCAGGGGUCAUGCGCCGUAUGGGCCUGCUACCAAAGCUGCUAUUCAAGCUCUCUGAUCUUGCCGUGACCGUUGAGAAGGUCAAGAUCGUCUCUGGUGUCAUCACAUCCCUUCUAAAAACUGACUUCACCCCUCAGGACAUCAGCAGACUUGGGCUCUUCCUGGUCUACACCCUCCCUCCUCUUAGCAACACAAAUGAAGGCAAGAACAUAUCUAACGGUGAUCUUUCACAGGAUACUCCAGUUUCGAGUUGUGAUCCUGCCAGCCUCAUCUGGAUCCGUAACCAGAUGUUGUUCUCUCUGUGUGAAAUCCUCAACUCAGACAGCCUUCUAAUAAAAGAUGGCCAGAAGGCUCUAUUCGAUGCCCUGGGUAUGGAUUGGUUCCUGCUCUUCCUCCAGCCCCACCUUCACCCCUCCACCGUGAAAUUGGGCCUCAUCCUGCUCACACACUUUCUGUCAAGUCCAAGCCAGCUGAGCAGCUUCAGAGAGGGCGUGCUCCCAGGAACACUGAUCGAUGGCAUGGAGGAACCUUUUGCUUUAAUGGACAAUCUUCGAGCGCAUUCUUGGUCGUAUGAGUGCUCCAGCAUCUCGUGUCCAGGCUUUGAUGUUCUACAGGGGCUACUGGUCAGACACUCUCACCUGCCUCAGGUCUAUGGAGCCCUGGCUGCUCUGCUGCUGGGGAGGAAGGCCAGUCACACUGCAGAGGGAGAGGUUCAUUUGGAUGAUGUCCUACAGUCUUUGAUUGACAGCCAGGCAGACAGUCCUGCUAAGCAGCUCUGUGCUGAAGCUGCUACAAUUCUACUGGAAUUAGUUAAAGUCCUCAUCACUCAGCCUUCAACAAAGCACAUGUCAGGAACUGAUGCACCAUGGGAGGUUCAGCUCCCAGCAAGUGUGAUGCAGUUCCUUUGUCUCCUCCAUAACCUGCGGCCCAGAGACCCACUGUGGGCAGCACCAGAGUUCCUCCAUGCUCUCGCCGGAGUUGUUUAUCCUCCAGACAAUUCAGAGGGUGUGGUGGAGCCUUGCGUAACAAAUGAAGGUGACAACACAUUCAAGAGUCAAUCCAACAGGAAGCCGGUGUGCGACUUCAUUCGUAUUCUGCUGAUGGACAGUCUUCUUAAUGUGUCUGCCAACACUGACACACAUCCACUCAAUCUGCUGCUGGAGUUUUCCCCUGAUGGUGCAUCGCUGGGACAGAAGCAGAGUUUCCAGACUGAACUGCUGGAGUUUAUCAUGGACAUCAUUCACAUGCUCAGCCAUGAGGAAGAAAACAAUACUCAUCUUAACUCACAGGACUACCAGAGUGAGAAGCCCGAAGGACAGAUGGGCACGUUGAUGGAGAACGUGGUGCUGUUCAGCAGGACUCUACUGCAGAAACUUUACAGUGGAACAGUAGUGGGAGACUCUGAAAAUUUGCUCAACUUCCUUGCAGACCAGAUUGUUGUGGCUCUGGAGAAAGGCCAAACUCAGAGAGAGAAGACAGUGUCGGCCCUCUACUCAUGCACCAAUAAAGUCCUGCUUUAUUUCUUGUCUCAACCGCGACAUUCCCAAGAAGAAAAGGAGGAGGUCAUCAGGGCGUUACAGACCUUCAUGGAACGCUGGGAUGUUCUCAUGGCAACCUACAAUUCAAAUGUGAACUUCAUUACUUGCCUUCUUCGUUGUCUGUUACUGAUACGAUCUGGCAGUUACCCCGAAGGUUUUGGAUGUGCGGCACAAAAAGUGCACAACAGGAAAGCCUCGUCCCAUGUGUUUGCUACCAAAGCCAGACUUCCUGCACGCGUCAGCAACAGAGCAGACAUUACCGCAGGUGACACAGAACUAGUGUCCAUAGUGGAGGCCUGCUGGUCAAAGGUCAUGACUGAGAGGCAACACACACUUGAAGAAACCUGUAAGAUAGAGAUCUCAGCGAGCCACACAGUGGAGACGGGGCCUGUCAGCAUGACUGACAUCAGCCCUCUUUGGGAGGAGAUGGCCCACAAAGCCUGGCUGCUACACGCAGAGUCUCAGAAGAAGAAGGUGGCCAGCAGCUCUCAGAAGAAAUUUGAUGUGAUCAGCAAUGCUGUUCGCUCAGCUUUGGGCAUACAUGGCAAAGAGUCAGUAACAGUAGAGGAGUUUCUGUCCUACACGGAGUCACAUCGACAGAGAGGCCACAGCAUGUUCGAGAAUAUGAGGACAAGCCACUUACAGUUACAAGCAAGUGAGUGGGAGCGAGUGAGCUCCGAAUGGCUGCAUGUGGAGGCUGAACUGCUCAGGGAGAGAGCUGUGUUUGGCCCCGGCCCAGGGGUGCUGCUUAGCCAAAACUGGGUGCAAGACGCUGCUGAAGGGCCCAACCGGACCAGAGCACGCAUCCGCAGAAAGUUUCUGAGACGAUCCAAACGGGUGCUAGGGACGCUGUAUAUGGGUCUAAGGACUGGCCCGUCCGAAGAGAACAAAAAUGGAACAGAAAGUGACAAAGAGCUGAAGAUCCUAUGUGAAGUUGGAGCAGAGGUAAAGGAGGAUGAAGAGGAGGCAGGACAGGACUGUAACCAUCUAACCUUCUUCCCUGUUCUGAAUGAGACACCUACCAACGCCGAGGGCCCACCUGACACCUCCAUCCCCGAACCCUGCUCCCACACACAAGACUGCCCAGACAUACGCACCAUCCUGCAGGAGCUGCGCCCUGGAGAGGAGGUAAAGGCUAAGAUGUGUGUAGUGAUGGUGAGCGGCCUGAGAAUAAUAGAGGGGGUGCUGCUGUUCGGGAACGAGAGCCUGCUCUUGUGUGAGGGAUUCACUCUCAGUCCUGCUGGAGACGUUUGUUGCAGGCAACACCACCCCAGCAGUGUGAGGGAUUCCUUUAUUUCCACCAUGCUGAGCAAAGAGCUGCCUUCAGCCAGGUGCAGACGCUGGCUCUAUGAGGAUAUCAAGGAGGCCCGCUUCAUGCGUUUCCUGUUAGAGGACAAUGCCAUCGAGGUCUUCAUGAAAAACGGACAUUCUGCCUUCCUGGUUUUCGUUAAUAGAGACCAUGUCUCUGCAUAUAAAAGGUUGUGCACAUUAGUGUCAGCGUUAAAAGGUAGAGGGGUUGCUGAGGUCAUUGCUAAUGUCAGGAAGACCCCUGUGGUUGAGAAGACAGCCCUUGUUAAGUGGCAGAGAGGGGAAAUAAGUAACUUUGAGUACUUGAUGCAUCUGAAUACCAUUGCUGGAAGGACGUACAAUGACCUGAUGCAGUAUCCAAUCUUCCCCUGGGUCCUAGCUGACUACCAGUCAGAGACUCUGAAUCUGAUGAAUCCUGCAACUUUCCGUGACUUGUCCAAGCCAAUGGGUGCUCAGACAGAGAAAAGGAAACAGAUGUACAUACAGAGAUAUGAGGAGGUAGAGAAUACAGAGGUGGAAGGAGAUAUGUCAGCAAGAUGCCACUACUGCACCCACUACUCAUCAGCCAUCAUCGUAGCCUCCUUCCUUGUCAGGAUGGAACCGUUUUCACACACUUUCCAGACACUGCAGGGAGGUUUUGAUAUCCCAGAGCGGAUGUUUUACAGUGUAAAGAAGGAGUGGGAGUCGGCCUCCAGAGACAACAUGGGAGACGUCAGAGAGCUGAUCCCAGAGUUCUUCUACCUGCCCGACUUCCUGCUCAACUCUAACCACAUCCAGCUGGGCCGUAUGGAGGAUGGUACCACUCUGGGAGAUGUGGAGCUGCCUCCAUGGGCGAAGGGUGACCCCCAGGAAUUCAUUAGAGUCCAUCGAGAGGCUUUGGAAAGUGACUAUAUGAGUUCCCACCUCCACCUGUGGAUUGACCUGAUUUUUGGGUACCGGCAACAAGGCCCUGCUGCUGUAGAGAGUGUGAACACAUUCCACCCUUACUUCUAUGCCCAGAGAGGCUGGCAGAAUGCUAAGGACCCUGUCAUCAAGAGCACAAUCUUGGGAUACGUUAGCAACUUCGGCCAGGUUCCGAAACAGCUCCUCACCAAGCCACAUCCACCUCGCAGUGGCUCGAAGAAAGAGGGAUCAUCAACGUCUCAUCCAACUCCAUUUUUCUUCAAGCUGGACAAACUGAAGACCUCUGUGCAGCCAUUCAGAGAGCUGCCGAGAGGCCCAGUGGGUCAGAUACUGUGUCUGGAAAAAGAAGUUGUGGUCCUGCCGAGAAACAGACUCCUCCUGUCGCCUCUGUCGGGCUGCUUCUUCAGCUGGGGCUUCCCUGACAACAGCUGUGCCUUUGGAAACUAUUCCACGGAAAAGGUCUUUGCUGUGUGUGAGAGUUUGUGUAGCUGGGGGGAGAUGUUGUGUGCAGCCUGUCCGAACCUGACGACCAUCGUCAUUGCCGGGACCAGCACUGUGGUGUGUGUGUGGGACGUAUCAUUCAACAAUGACAAACUCACUCACAUGAAACUCAGACAGCCGUUAUACGGUCACACAGAUUCAGUGACGUGCCUGGCUGUGUCUGAGGUGCACAGCCUUAUUGUAAGUGGCUCCCGUGACCUCACCUGUAUCCUGUGGGACAUGGAGGAGCUCAGCUACAUCACCCACUUAGCAGGUCACACUACCAGCAUCUCUGCACUAGCCAUCAAUGACCUCACUGGUGAGAUUGCGUCCUGUGCGGGACCUCAACUCUACCUGUGGACCAUGAAGGGCCAGCUGCUGACCUGCACUGACACUUCCUGCGGGCCUCAGCCAGACAUCCUGUGUGUCAGCUUCACACAGCGACACGAGUGGGACGCCAAGAACGUUGUCGUCACUGGCUGUGCAGAUGGCAUCAUACGGAUAUGGAAGACAGAGUACACCAGAACACAAUUACCUGGCCCUCCAGAAGAGCCUGUGUCCCCAGGGCAAGACCGAACAGAGAGAGACGAGAGCAGCUCAUGCCAGGUGAAAGGCUGGGAGAGACAUCUGGUGUUAUUUCAGGAGCUGAACAGAAACCAGGCUGUGUCCCAACGCCGCUUCAGGAAUAAUCCAGCCAUCACAGCGCUGGCCAUGUCCAGCCUGCCAGAACCUAAAGAAGGAGAGGGAAAAGAAGAAGAGGAGGAGAAGGAGGGGAAGCAGCAAGCAGCCAGAAUGAUGUCGGAAAAUACCGGUAUUACCAUUGAAGAUGCCCCCGCCACUUUCAAAUUGUUUGUUUGCCAGCACUUUGGGUAUCCGGCGGAAAUGAUAAAUGGCAGUAGUUAAAAUAACAUUGCUGUGAAUUUGCAGCAUGUUGUUAAUGACACACUUGAUCAGGCUCUGUUUGCACUAUUUGCACUCUGUACUGACAGAGUAAAACUUUGAUUUGGUUUUGCACAUAAUAAUGUUUGCACUUGAAAAAAAGAAAGAAAUAUUUAAUUUAAUUUAUUUUAUUUUAACUUCUAUAAAUUUUAGUUUUAGUUUCAAUUUGUGGAAGAAAACGUUUAAAAGCUUAUGCUUACAUCAUGCAUGUAAAGAGUUAUAAUAAAACAUUUCAAAAUGCGUGUGCAACUCGGUUAAAUAAAAGUCUGUUGGUCCAGUCAUAUAUUUUGCCAUUGUAGUUUUCUUAAAAUCUCGUCUCGUCUCGUUCUCGUGAGCUGAGUGUAUCGUCACACCCCUAUUAGUGUAUAAUCAUCUUAAACUAAGAAAAUUAGAUUUUUUUUAAAGUCUGACCUGCUAAUUUUCUUUCUAAAAACUAUACUUGACACAAUGCACAAGCAAAUAUAUGUUAAUAAUAAAACAUAGACCGUUUGAACAAGUAUAAUUUCUCUAAAACUGGACCAAGUUACAAGACCUUCUCCUACUCUCACUUCUCUUCUUUAACAUGUUUGAUAAGUGUCUUUCACAUUUUAUUUCAGACUAUAGCUUACAGAACAGGAACUGAAAUCAGCCAACUCUGACCCCUUUUGCAUGUGUGUUAUUGUUUUAAAAGAGAGUACCACACCACACUCUUAACUGAAGCACA